CCGGCUCACUUCCUUGAGACGCACCAAUCGGUCAUUGAAUCAGCCCUGCGUGCUGAAUUUGUCUCCCAGGGGUCGAUGUGCUUCAUUGAGUCAAACUAUCUCUUAUCGCGCGCGGUUUAUGAUCGUUGGGCUGCUGCAGAGGCUGACGGGGAAGCUUCCACGCGUUGUGCACAGGAUCAGUGUGAUAAUGAAGCCGCAGGUUGUGUUUGUUCUGGGCGGGCCUGGCGCGGGGAAAGGGACACAAUGCGCCAGAAUCGUGGAGACCUACAGCUACACUCACCUGUCUGCCGGUGACCUGCUUAGAGAAGAGCGCAGCCGCACGGGGUCGGAGGUCGGUCAGCUCAUUGACAACUACAUCAAAGAGGGCAAGAUCGUCCCUGUGGAAAUCACCAUCAGCUUACUGAAAAAGGCAAUGGAGGAGACUAUGAAGGCAGAUGAAAAAAAGUUCCGCUUUCUUAUUGACGGUUUCCCACGUAACCAAGACAACCUACAGGGAUGGAACACUCUCAUGGACGGGAAGGCAGAUGUCAAAUUUGUUCUUUUCUUUGACUGUAGCAAUGAGGUGUGCAUUGACAGAUGUUUAGAGCGGGGGAAGAGCAGCGGACGCACUGAUGAUAACAGAGAAAGCCUAGAGAAGAGGAUCCAGACAUAUCUUCAGUCCACACGGCCCAUUAUAGAGCUGUAUGAACGGCAAGGGAAGGUGCGCACAGUUGAUGCCUCCCGCUCAGUGGAUGAGGUGUUUGCAGAUGUGAAAAACAUUCUGGAUAAAGAUGGCUAAAGCUACAUAUGUCCACGGCAAAAACUUUUUUGAAAAUUAAGGUGUCUGUUUAUUUACAGUGCGUGCUAUGCCUUCAUAUAUCAAUAUAAAUUUUUACUCAUUCAAUGGUAAUAUAAGUUUUUUUUUUUUCUUUUUUAUUCUUGUGGAAGAGUGCGUGUAUAUCUAUAUGUUUGUAAGAUUGAAAGGCCAACAUUAUUUUGUUGAGCAAAUGAUCCUUACAACAGCAAUAGCAUUCAGCACACUUCUAUUAGAACAGUACAUACAGUUGAAGUCAGAGGUUUACAUACACCCCGGCCAAAUACAUUUAAACUCAGUUUUUCACAAUUCCUGACAUUUAAUCAUAGAAAACAUUCCCUGUCUUACGUCAGUUAGGAUCACUAUUUUAUUUUAAGAAUGUGAAAUAUCAGAAUAAUAGAAUGAUUUAUUUCAGCUUUUAUUUCUUUCAUCACAUUCCCAGUGGGUCAGAAGUUUACAUACACUUUGUUAGUAUUUAGUAGCAUUGCCUUUAAAUUGUUUAACUUGGGUCAAACUUUUUGGGUAGCCUUCCAGAAGCUUCUCACAAUAAGUUUCUGGAAUUUUGGCCCAUUCCUCCAGACAGAACUGGUAUAACUGAGUUAGGUUUGUAGGCCUCCUUCCUCACACAUGCUUUUUCAGUUCUGCCCACAGAUUUUCUAUCGAACUCAGGUCAGGGCUUUGUGAUGGCCACUCCAAUACCUUGACUUUGUUGUCCUUAAGCCAUUUUGCCAAAAUUUGGAGGUAUGCUUGGGGUCAUUGUCCAUUUGGAAGACCCAUUUGUGACCGAGCUUUAACUUCAUGGCAGAUGUCUUGAGAUGUUGCUUCAAUGUAUCCACAUAAUUUUCCUUCCUCAUGAUGCCAUCUGUUUUGUGAAGUGCACCAGUCCCUCCUACAGCAAAGCACCCCCACAACAUGAUGCUGCCACCCCCAUGCUUCACGGUUGGGAUGGUGUUCUUCGGCUUGCAAGCCUCACCCUUUUUCCUCCAAACAUAACGAUGGUCAUUAUGGCCAAAAAGUUCAAUUUUUGUUUCAUCAGACCAGAGGAAAUUCCUCCAAAAAGUAAGAUCUUUGUCCCCAUGUGCACUUGCAAACUGUAAUCUGACUUUUUUACAGCAGUUUUGGAACACUGGCCUCUUCCUUGCUGAGCAGCCUUUCAGGUUAUGACAAUAUAGGACUCGUUUUACUGUGGAUAUAGAUACUUGUCUACCUGUUUCCUCCACCAUCUUCACAAGGUCCUUUGCUGUUGUUCUGGGAUUGAUUUGCACUUUUUGCAUCGAACUACGUUCAUCUCUAGGAGACAGAAUACAUCUCCUUCCUGAGCGGUAUGAUGGCUGUGUGGUCCCAUAGUGUUUAUACUUGUGUACUGUUGUUUGUACAGAUGAACGUGGUACCUUCAGGCAUUUGGAAAUUACUCCCAAGGAUAAACAAGACUUCUGGAGGUCUUGGCUGAUUUAUUUUUUAUUUUUUCAAUUUGGAAUUCCCAAUGCACUUUAAGUCCUCGUGGUGGUGUAGUGACUCGCCUCAAUCCGGGUGGCGGAGGACAAAUCUCAGUUGCCUCCAUGUCUGAGACCGUCAAUCCUUGCAUCUUAUCACAUGGCUUGUUGAGCGCGUGUGGAGACUUCACGCUAUUCUCUGUGGCACCCACGCACAACUCACCACGUGCUCCACUGAGAGCGAGAACCACAUUAUAGUGACCACGAGGAGGUUGCCCCAUGUGACUCUACCCUCCCUAGCAACCGGGCCAAUUUGGUUGCUUAGGAGUCCUGGCUGGAGUCACUCAGCACACCUUGGAUUCGAACUCACGACUCCAGGGAUGGUAAUCAGUGUCUUUACUCACUGAGCUACCCAGGCCCCCUGACAAUCAGUCUUAAAGAUCUAUUUUGAAAAACCAAUCGGAAAUUGUGUGAUUUCUUUUGAUUUUCCCAUGAUGUCAAGAAAAGAGGCACUGAGUUUGAAGGUAGGCCUUAAAAUACAUCCACAGGUACAGCUCCAAUUCAGUACACCUAUCAGAAGCUAAUUGUCUAAAGGCUGAGCAGCCUUUCAGGUUAUGACAAUAUAGGACUCGUUUUACUGUGGAUAUAGAUACUUGUCUACCUGUUUCCUCCACCAUCUUCACAAGGUCCUUUGCUGUUGUUCUGGGAUUGAUUUGCACUUUUUGCAUCGAACUACGUUCAUCUCUAGGAGACAGAAUACAUCUCCUUCCUGAGCGGUAUGAUGGCUGUGUGGUCCCAUAGUGUUUAUACUUGUGUACUGUUGUUUGUACAGAUGAACGUGGUACCUUCAGGCAUUUGGAAAUUACUCCCAAGGAUAAACAAGACUUCUGGAGGUCUUGGCUGAUUUAUUUUUUAUUUUUUCAAUUUGGAAUUCCCAAUGCACUUUAAGUCCUCGUGGUGGUGUAGUGACUCGCCUCAAUCCGGGUGGCGGAGGACAAAUCUCAGUUGCCUCCAUGUCUGAGACCGUCAAUCCUUGCAUCUUAUCACAUGGCUUGUUGAGCGCGUGUGGAGACUUCACGCUAUUCUCUGUGGCACCCACGCACAACUCACCACGUGCUCCACUGAGAGCGAGAACCACAUUAUAGUGACCACGAGGAGGUUGCCCCAUGUGACUCUACCCUCCCUAGCAACCGGGCCAAUUUGGUUGCUUAGGAGUCCUGGCUGGAGUCACUCAGCACACCUUGGAUUCGAACUCACGACUCCAGGGAUGGUAAUCAGUGUCUUUACUCACUGAGCUACCCAGGCCCCCUGACAAUCAGUCUUAAAGAUCUAUUUUGAAAAACCAAUCGGAAAUUGUGUGAUUUCUUUUGAUUUUCCCAUGAUGUCAAGAAAAGAGGCACUGAGUUUGAAGGUAGGCCUUAAAAUACAUCCACAGGUACAGCUCCAAUUCAGUACACCUAUCAGAAGCUAAUUGUCUAAAGGCUUGACAUCAUUUCCUGGAAUUUUCCAAGCUGCUUAAAGGCACAGUUAACUUAGUGUAUGUAAACUUCUGACCCACUGGAAUUGUGAUAUAGUCAAUUAAAAGUGAAACAAUCUGUAUGUAAACAGUUGUUGGAAAAAUUACUCAUGUCAUGCACAAAGUAGAUGUCCUAAUCGACUUGCCAAAACUAUAGUUUGCUUUGGAGUGGUUAAAAAAAUUAGUUUUAAUGACUUCAACCUAAGUGUAUGUAAACUUGUGACUUCAACUGUACAAGCUUCCACUCUUAACACUAACAGAGUCCCACUUGGCAUAUACUGUAUGUGUUACAUCUAUUAAUGUUUAGGACUAUCUAGCAUUAUUAAGUGUAUAGAACAGAAUUAGAUUGAAAUAGGCCAAGAUUAUGUUGGAGAAUGUUGCAGUUCCCAUAUGGCUCUGUGUACAGUUGCACUUAACAGUUUCAAAUGACAUCGUUCUCUGAGCAGAUGAGCAAUUGUAACUGACUAACAGGAAGUAAGAGUUUUUUAGUAGAUUACCAGACCUGUCUGUGUAAUUACAUUUGACAGCAUUGUUUUGUACAGUGAUCCAAAUCAGGUCCUCAUGACCUAUGAGUAGCCACCCUGAGAGUUGAGUUUUAGUUGUAAGUUUUACUUUUUGUUAUGUUGUGGUUAUUGCAAUAGCUGCUACUGUAUUCCAGACACAUGCCGUCUUCGCUCAGGCAAUAGAUUUUAAUUUGUGGGGAAUGGGGGCUCCUGAUUUUACUUGAUUGUCAUCUUUGGGGUCAAUUAUGAAUAAAGUGUCUUUAUGUUA